UUGUAGGCUACUAAAGAUGGCCGCCCCCACCAGUAGCCGCCGCGGCGGGAAGGAAGAGAAAGAGGAAAGGGUUGAUAUGGCGACAGCGCUCCCCCCCCACCUUCUGCUCCUGCUUUUGGUGCUGCCUCGGAUGGGAGGACAAGCCGCUGCCGGGAAGAUGAAAGUAGUGGAGGAGCCCAACAGCUUCGGGCUCAACAAUCCCUUCCUGCCUCCCUCGAACCGCCUCCAGCCCAAAGCGGCCCCCUCCCCUCUGUCAGGUCCUGCACAUCUUUUUAGACUGGCAGGCAAGUGCUUCAGUUAUGUGGAGUCUUUGUACAAAUAUGAGUUCUGCCCAUUCCAUAAUGUCACACAGCAUGAGCAGAGUUUCCGGUGGAAUGCCUACAGUGGGAUUCUCGGAAUCUGGCAUGAAUGGGAAAUUGAAAACAAUAUGUUUGUUGGGAUGUGGAUGAGAGAUGGAGAUUCAUGUGAAACCAAGAACAGACAGACAAAGGUUCUUCUUGUAUGUGGAAAGAACAACAGAUUGGCUGAUGUGUCUGAACCAAGCACUUGUGUUUAUUCUCUUACAUUUGAAACUCCACUUGUUUGUCACCCACAUUCUCUCUUAGUGUACCCAGCUUUGCCUGAAACCCUCCAGAGAAAGUGGGAUGAAGUGGAGCAGUUGCGUCAUGAUGAGCUAAUCACAAAACAGGGAUACAAGAAACGGUUGAGAGAGAUAUUUGAAGAAGCUAGCUUUUUUAAAUUUACAGGAGAGAAAGUGAGUGAAGGAAAGAGAACAAAACCUCAAAAUCUGGAAUUCCACUCGCUGGAAAAGUGCAAUAAGGUGUGUGAGAGGUUGCUGAAAUGCAUAGCGUCAGGGAAUGUGGCCCAGCACUUAUGUGGAUGAGGGUUCUUUGUGAAGAUUGUCAAGGCUGUAUUGGGUGUCAAGCCUGCUAACUGAUGGCUGAAUUUGAGCAGAUCUCCCAGAUGGAAACUUCGUCAUGUUUCAGAGGGACUCAGACUUUGUUGCUUUUGUUUUCACGGCUUGUCUACUUUGG